AACUGGAGGGUGAGGGGAGGCAGAGGGGGUUGAGGGAGAGGGGUAAGUCACAGCACCAGGACGCAGAUCACAGCACAAGAACCUCCACAGCAACACUCAAACCAAAACACAGCAGAUUUUCAAGACCCUCUGUUUCCUUUAGACUUUCAACACCAUCAUCACCUUCUAAGCCCUUCCCUGCAUCACCAACUCCGACCAGACAGGAGAGGGCACACACCACCAGGUACACCACCAAGAAUGCCCCCCCAACCACCACCACCACCACAGCAAGGCCACACAAACACCUCAUGAUGCCAGGAAAGGUAAACCACCGCAGAAUACCAACACCACAGCAGAUACAGCCUCGCCGCACACCACACGCACCACACACACACCGCAAGCUGAGAUACACCACACACAGGGCCAACCAGACACAGACUAACAGGAGACCCUUCAGCAUGGGGCGGUCUACAGCUGUGGCGAUCCCUGUGGAAAAUACCGCUGUGAAGAUCGACACACACACUGACACACACACACAUACUGACACACAUACAGACCAACCAAACAAAUCCACAACAGAAAACGGUCACUCAAGCAGGAUUUUCUCGCCAUCAAAGGAGGACAGCAAAUCAAGUAGUCCUUUCACAGUCAUAUCCUUCUCUGCCUCUAAGGAACCAACGAAAUCCUUUUGCUACAUCAUCGGCAGUGUCUAGGGAGAUGCUGCCACAACACCUCACACCUGCCACACCCCUGCCAACCACACCACAGACCAACACCAUAAAGGAAGAGAAUGGAGAAGAAAUGAACAAGCAAGAGGAACAAGAGAAGGAUGUGGUGGAGGUAAGAGGAGAUAAGAAAAUGGAGACUAAAGAGGAGAUGAGAGAAGGGAAUGCAUGGAAUGAGGAGACUGAUGAAGAGAAAGCAAUGGCAGUCGUCAGCGAAUCACCACAAACAACAACAACAACAACAACAACAACGCCAAAUAAGAGGUUAAGUUCCAUUCAGCGGAUACGAAACUUCAUGGCAAGGAAGAGAGCACAGAUACGAGCCACCACCGCCACCACCACCAGCACCACCAUUGCCACCACCACCACCACACCCACUCCCACUGCCACCACCACCACCACUAUUACAUUAAAGCGAAAAACAAAUGCUCGCAGAUUUCCAGCCACAUCCAAACGUCCUUUCCCAGUCUACCGCACCACACACACCACACACACCACGCCACACACCACUAAACCAUCCAGCACUCAAGACAGCUUUCCCGAGUCCUCACAUAUCCUACGGUCUGAGGAGAGAGUCCUGAAGGAUUUCUUGGACCUAGAGGACUUCUUACAAUGGGAAUCCACAAGGCUAAGACCAGAUAAAGACUCCGAGAAUGAGGACAUGAUUUCCGAGGGCACCAGCGCGUCCUUCAAGUCUGUGGUGCCUCCUGAUAGGGUACGAGGAAUCCUAACCUCAAGAAUGGUGAAGGAUACUGGAGAUAGGAUCCUUGUCUCUCCUACUUAUGCCUCUGUAGGAUUCAACGCUCCCCAUAAGACCACAGACAGAGAGGAGACGAGGGACGAGCGACGAAGAGACCAACAGACGGACAGACUCAUCCCCCACAUCCACCCCUUCUAGCACAACACACACCAAGGAAGGCACACUCACCAUUCUUCCUCACUCACCACCAACACUCGUGAAAUGCAAGGAAAUUCAGGGUGUUAGUGUUGUUGUUGUUGUUGUUGUUGUUGUUGUUGUUUGUGUUGUUUUAUUGCUGCUGUUGU